AUGGAGGCUCCCUCAGCCCAUGGACACAGAGGGCGAGUGCCUUGGCAGGGGCUCCUGCUGGCAGUCGCACUCUGCAUCUUCUGGGUUCCACCCACCAAUGGCGGAUUCAGGUUGAAACUGAGAAACAACGAAGGUGUCAUCACUCCUUAUGCGAUUUACAAGCUUAAGCUUAAAAGCAUUCCGACGGAUGUGCACCGCUUCAUCUGGUCCAAAGGUGACAACAGAAAAGCAAAUAAUAUAAUUGCAACACACAUAGAAAAGUCAGGAAAAACCAUCCCUGGAUUAGCAUACAAACCGCGCUACAUAACAAAACCAAAGGGAGUUCUGAAGAUCAAGAACCUCACCAGGGAAGACGCAGGAUUAUAUACGGUGAAGCUCAUAAGCCUAAACUAUGUAAAGUUUACUGAAUCUACACAUCUCUUCAUUCUAGAACCAUUGACAGCCGCCUCUGUUGAGGAUCACAUAUCCAGAGUCCAAGAAAAUAUCAGUGUGGACAUAAUAUGUCUGACAGGUGAACGAGGUUACAGCAUCCAUUGGGUGUACAAUGGCCUCAAUCUGGAGCCCAAAAGCAAUAUGACACUGUCCAAGGACCGCGCUGUACUCAGCAUGACGCUCACCAAGAGGGAGGAUGCUGGGAAUUACCAGUGCCAGUACAAGAAGGGGUCGGUGUCUGGAACAAGUACUACCCUCAAACUUGAAGUGGUCUAGAGUGACCC